AUGGGUAAUGACGGCGGCUCGAUACCUGACAGGCGCGACUUAGUGCGCACGAAACGGAAGGCUGAGCAAGCGGAUAAACAGAACCAGUCUAGAGCCCAAUGGUUCUUCUGUGCAUUGUCCAAGAAACCGCUCCAGAAACCGAUCGUAGCCGACGAACUAGGGAAGAUGUACAACAAAGACUCGCUAGUCGAGUACCUGCUCGAUCACUCCGCAUACGGCGACGGCUUGCAGAUCUGCGGGCACAUCCGUUCGCUGAAAGACGUUCGCACGCUUGAGCUUACCUCUAACCCGCUCCCUCUGCCUACCGGGUCGGACCUGCCCUUUGCGCCGUUCGUGUGCCCGUUGACGGGGAAGGAGAUGCUUGGUGUGAUCCCGUUUGUGGUUUUGUGGAGCUGUGGAUGUGUGUUUUCCCGCUCGGGGCUGAGGGCGCUUGCUACUCCUGUGGAGGGGGGGAAGGGGAGCGACGACUCUCGGGGAAGCGGGAGCGGCAGUGGGAGCGGGAGCGAGAAAGAGAACGAGAACGAGAAGGAUACCAAGGAUAGCGAGAAGGAGACGGAAAAGGAGGCUCAAACAGAAAAACCCCUCGCCUGCCCACAAUGCGGCAAGCCCUACCUCUCAUCCCAAAUCAUACCUCUCAACCCCCCUCCGUCCGAGUCCGCCCAUCUCCUCUCCCUCCUCCUAGCGCGCCGCGCAUCCGAGCCCAAAUCCAAGAAACGCAAACUCCCCCCCUCCUCCGGGGAACCAGAGUCCAAAAAGCCAAAGGCGAAGGCAAAGGCAACUAAACCUGUGCCAGUACAGGGACCUUCUGUGGCCAGCAACGCUGUUGCUCACUUGCUCAAGGAGGAAGAAAAGAAGCGACUCAAGAAUGGGAUGAGCGAGGCUGUUAAGAGCCUUUAUAAGCCUGAUAGUGGGAGGGAGAAGGAGACGUUUUUGACUAUGGGGACGUUUACUAGGGUGAGUGCUUGA